AUGACAGCUGGAUUGAUGCCCAUUGCUACUCCGGCGCUUCUUACGUCGCUGAGGAAACAACCGCACGUCCCCAAGCAUGCUUGGUACUUCAUUGCUGCCACGACUUUGACCAUAUUGAAUCGACCGGAUGAGAUACCGCAAGUCUACAACCAUGUCAUGAAACACGGCCUCGGGCCCGAUGAUGUGAAGCCGGGCCCGGAGGAACAGCUCACAAUCUUGAGAAAGUUACGUGAAGCACUCGUCAAGGCCUCUGCAGUCGGAGGGCUCCCCAAGAUCUUGCAGCGCGGGCAGGGCUUUUGGGAUAACAUCUACGGCAAGAUAUCGAGACGUGUAAUGAGUCAGAUGGACCGCUCGGGCACAGAAGAUCUCGGUUUGACUGCUCGGCUGAUGUAUGGGUAUAUUCUUAGCAAUACCAACGUUCUGUCUCCAGUGGAGACAUCGUACGUUCUCAUUGCUGGGCUGAUACCGCAGGAUGUGAAUCCUCAGCUAAAGGGCCAUCUCAAAGGCGCUCUCAACGGCGGCGCAUCUGCUGAGGAGGUUAGGGCUGUGAGAUACAUCGUUAUGGACAUAUGCAAAGCUUCAGGCAUGAGCCAACUCGGCGAGGGUGUACCUGGUGGAUGGGGCUGGCGAAGCGAGGUUGCAACUGUGUGA